GGUCUCUAGGCCUCGACUUUUAUGGAGCAUGUGAAGUUUGGGGCAGAGUGGACAAAGAAAAGUUUCUCAGCAGGUUCAACAGGUUGCUACAACACAGGCCGAUGAAGUAUUGCACUCACUCAUCCAAAGUGGCAAACAUGUAACGUACACCCUAAGACUGAUGCUGCUUUUUACUCCUUAGUUAUGAUUUAAUCUGAUAUUCUGUAGCCUUGGAGACAGUUUGCAUAGAUUAGAAUGUUAGAUUCCUGUGAUGUCAUCGAUGCCCAUGUUUUGUUUUAAUGUCUUGUGAUAGUUCUAACUGCAUACAAAGUCAGAGUUCAAGUGAGUUUAGUACAAAGAGUACAAUUUUGAACCAGUUCCUGACAUGUCGUCAAAAUCUUGGCUGACCUUUACCACACCACGUGCUGUGGGUGUGCGUAAAUAUCUAGACCGCCACACUGAGCCCUGGUUCCUCAGGAUAGAGGACAGGACGUCAGAUGGGCGAAUCAAGAGCUCCAAACGAAAAGAUUGUGCCACAGAAAGACUGGAAAAAGCUUCCAAAAGAAGCAAGGACAGCAAAAGUCCAACCCCAGGCCUCAGCCAUCUUGUCUUGGAGAAGUCUGCUUUCAGAAAGAAGAGCAGCAAACGAAAGUCAAGCAGCGAUGGAACAAAACAACCACGCAGUAAAAAGAGCAAGACAUCAAGCUCACAGGAGGAGGCCAGCUGCUCCGUCUUUGAGGCAGAUACACCUUUGCCCAGCACAUACAAAAGUCACAGUAUAGAGGACUUUGAAGAAAAAUACAAAGAGCAGGAUAAGCUGGGUGAAGGAGGCUUUGGGACUGUCUUCUUUGGAAAACGCAGAGAAGACAAUUUCCCAGUGGUGAUUAAGCAUGUUGCUCAUGUUUUAGUCAGCUACCAACCAGUGCUUCUUAAUGGUAAAAUGACCAAGAUUCCCAAGGAGGUGGCAUUGCUAAUAAAAGUGGGGGCAGGACCAGAGGCUACAAGCAGCAAUGUGACCCCCAUUUUAAUCGACUGGUAUGACUUGGAAGACGAACUCAUUAUGGUCUUUGAAAGGCCAAAAGAAAACAUAGACUUGGAAGCCUACCUGGCAAACAGAAGAACCUUUGUGCACGAGAGGGAGGUUAAGGUCAUAAUGAGACAGCUGGUACAUGCAGCCGCUGAAAUGCAAUCCAAGGGUGUCUUCCAUCGAGACAUUAAGCCAGACAAUAUUGUGUGUGACACAUCGCCUGAUCAUCCAGCAUUUCAAUGUGUCAGAGUCAUCGAUUUUGGCAUUGGAGUCACUUUUACACCAGAAGCAAUCACACGAAGAAAUGGGACCAAAUCACCUGCUCCAAACUGGCAGGACUUUAAUGCCACCACAGCAGACUGCGUCACAGUUUUGCAGCUGGGUACGGUGAUGGAUUGGCUGGUACGUCACAUCAUCCCUGAUGACAACAACACAUCUGAGAUGCGCACUGACAUUUCAGAGGAUUGCAAGUGUUUUCUGUUGGGUUGUUACUGUCAGAGCCAUGAAGACCGUCUCACCCUAGAGGAAGUUCAGAAUCAUCCCUGGCUCAAAUGACGUACUGAUGCCAGCAAAACUGUCACGGCUGCCGAGGCGAGCCGUGUGGUGUUGGAGGGAGAAAGGACCCAAAAUGCAAGCAGUGGAUGAUAAUGCUAGUGACGUUUAUUUACAAAGUGGAGUAGUGGCAAAACAGGCAAUGCGGGAGGACAAUAACUACAGAAACCUAAACUGGGAAAACUAAAUAACAAACCUGAGAAGAUACCAAAAGGGAUGAGAGGCAGAGAGACGCAGACGAGGAACAUGACACCGUGGAACACAGACGAACCGGCAACAGGCAGGAGAACACACGGGGCUUAAAUACACACACCAGUAAUCAGGGGAUGAGAGACA